UGCUACGCUUAGCGUGCUGCGUGGUAAAGACGUGAUUGUUACAGGGCGUACAGCAUACGUGAUGGUCUCAAGAAAAUCUCCUGGGCCUUCGUUAUCACAAUGGGCGCCGGUGUGUGCAUCACACGACUGAUUAUCGAUCAGGACUUGCUGAAGUACGUGGAGCGUGUGCUGCCCCAGAGUCUCCUGGGGUCUACUUUUGGGCUGCAGGCCAUGCUAGCGGGGGCCGCGCUUCUCCUUGCAGAGAUCAACAACUCGCUCAACAAUAUCAUAAUAUUCGCUCCUUUAAUUUGCUUCAUGUCGGACCUGCUCAAGGUCCACCCAAUGUACCUGCUAAUGCCGUUCAUCUUCUGCUCCUAUUUCGGCUUCCUCGCCGCAACAGCUACCCCUGUCAGCGAAUUCGUCACCGACUUUGGCGAUCUGCAAGACGACGAGUUUCUGCUACCGGGGUUCGCGAUGAAGGUUGGCUGCACCCUGGUCGUGCUGCUGGCCUACAAUACCUGGUGUUGGGACUACCUCUUCCUCAAGAUCAAUCCCGCGCCUAUGCGACAGUCCAAUGCCAGUGGAAGAAGCUGAGGUCGCAUGCCCUGCCUCAGGGCAAUACAGUAACAAAUAGUAGCUCUGCACACGCAGGCCGUUAGUAAUGGUGCCAAAAUAAAUAGCCAUAUUGUGCAUUG